GUGCGUGCCUAUGGUCCAGGUCUUCAGGGAGGCAUUGUGGGUAAACCCGCCCCCUUUGCCAUUGACACAAAGGGAGCGGGCACCGGUGGUUUGGGCCUGACGGUGGAGGGGCCAUGUGAAGCAAAGAUCGAAUGUCAGGAUAAUGGUGAUGGCUCCUGCUCGGUCUCCUACCUGCCCACCGAGCCCGGUGAGUACGCCAUAAACAUCCUGUUCGCUGACCAGCACAUCCCCGGCUCCCCCUUCAAGGCCAUGGUCCAGUCCGCGUUCGACCCCAGCAAGGUGACGGCGAGCGGCCCCGGCCUGGAGCGAGGCAAAGUCAACGAGGAUGGAUCGUUCACGGUGGACUGCUCCAAAGCCGGAGAGGCGAAGCUCACCAUUGAGAUUAUCUCAGACUCUGGAGCCAAAGCUGAAGUUCACGUCCAGAACAACAGCGACGGGACGUACUCCAUCACCUACAUCCCACAGUUCCAGGGCAUGUACACCAUCACCAUCAAAUAUGGAGGACACGCCGUGCCCAAGUUCCCUGUCCGCCUGCAGGUGGAACCGGCUGUCGACACCAGCGGAGUCAAGGUCUACGGACCUGGAGUCGAACCCAGAGGCGUCCUGAGGGAAGUGACCACACAUUUCAUCGUCGAUGCUCGGUCUCUCUACAAAAGCGGCAGCCAAAUCAAAACCUGCAUUUCCAACCCGUUAGGCGGCAACACAGAUGCCUACAUCACAGACAAGGGCGACGGGACGUACAGGGUGGAGUACACGCCCUAUGAGGACGGUUUACAUCUGAUUGAGGUUCUGUUUGACGACGUCUCUCUGCCGAAGAGUCCGUUCAGAGUGACGGUGACGGAGGGUUGUGAUCCCAGUCGAGUGCGAGCAUACGGUCCAGGUCUGGAGGAAGGACUGGUCAACAAACCGAACCGUUUCACUGUAGAGACCAGGGGAGCCGGCACCGGGGGUCUGGGUUUGGCCAUUGAAGGACCGUCUGAGGCAAAGAUGUCGUGUAAAGACAACAAAGACGGCAGCUGCAGCGUGGAGUACAUCCCCUUCACUCCAGGAGAGUAUGACGUCAACAUCACGUUCGGGGGUCUCCCUAUCCCAGGAAGUCCUUUCAGGGUCCCGGUGCGAGAGCUGGUGGAUCCCAGUAAGGUGAGAUGUUCAGGUCCUGGACUGGGAAGUGGAGUCAGAGCUCACGUCCCUCAGACGUUCUCUGUCGACAGCAGCAAGGCUGGCAUUGCUCCGCUGGAGGUUCAGCUCUACGGUCCGACAGGUGUGACCGAACCCAUCAGCAUCAGCGACAACGGUGAUGGAACUCACACGGUGAACUACACUCCUGCCAACGAUGGCCCGUACACGGUGUGUGUAAAGUACGCUGACCAGGAGGUUCCUCGCAGUCCAUUCAAGAUCAAGACUUUACCGGCUCACGAUGCCAGUAAAGUUCGAGCCAGCGGUCCCGGCCUGGACGCAUCCGGGGUCCCAGCAAGUCUGCCGGUGGAGUUCACCAUCGAUGCUCGGGACGCUGGAGAGGGACUGCUCACCGUCCAGAUCCUGGAUCCAGAGGGAAAACCUAAGAAGGCGAACAUCCGAGACAACCGGGACGGUACGUACACGGUGUCGUACGUCCCCGACAUGACGGGACGCUACACCAUCACCAUCAAAUACGGAGGAGACGAGAUCCCGUACUCGCCGUACAGAAUCCACGCCCUGCCCACCGGGGACGCCAGCAAGUGUCUGGUCACAGUGUCGAUUGGAGGACACGGUCUCGGAUCAGGGAUCGGCCCGACCAUCCAGAUCGGCGAGGAGACCGUCAUCACUGUGGACGCAAAGGCUGCUGGGAAAGGUAAAGUCACCUGUAAGGUAUCGACUCCUGACGGAGCGGAGCUGGACGUGGACGUGGUGGAGAACGCAGACGGGACGUUUGAUAUCUACUACACGGCCCCGGAGCCCGGGAAGUACGUCAUCACCAUCCGGUUCGGAGGGGAACACAUUCCCAACAGCCCCUUCCACGUGGUGGCGACCGAUGAUCCCAUCAGCCCUGUGGACAGGAUGGAGCCGGUGCUCCGCCCCUUCAGUCUGGUCAUUCCCUUCACGGUGCAGAAAGGAGAAAUCACAG